UUACGCAAGACAAUGCGCCGAUUCAUACUGCGGGAAAAAUUACGGAAAAUAAAAUCACGAUUAUUAACUGGCCGGCUAAUUCUCCAGACCUGAACCCAAUAGAGAACAUUUGGAAGAUAUCAAAGGACAAUAUUAAAAAAAAUGAGAUCGUUCCGAAGACUGUGGAUGAACUUAAGGUCGCAUUAAAGGUGGAGUGGGAAAAAAUUGAUGUGGCCAUUUUAGAACAGGUUACUGCAUCAAUGUCACGAAGGAUUAAUACGAUAUUGGAGUCAAAUGGAGGGCCGAUUAAAUAUUAA